AUGGUGCUGCUAACCAGGGUCAGAUCUUUGAGACAUAUAAUAUGGCAUCUCUGUGGAAGCUGCCGUGCAUCUUCAUUUGUGAGAAUAACAAAUACGGCAUGGGUACUUCUGUGGAGGAGAGCGGCCGCUAGUACAGACUACUACAAGAGAGGCGAUUUUAUACCUGGAUUGAGGGUUGAUGGCAUGGAUAUUCUUUGUGUGAGGGAGGCCACCAAAUUUGCUGCUGAACACUGCAGAUCAGGAAAGGGUCCUAUUCUGAUGGAGCUGCAGACCUAUCGUUAUCAUGGACACAGUAUGAGUGACCCAGGAAUCAGUUACCGCACACGUGAGGAGAUCCAGGAGGUGCGCAGCAAGAGCGACCCUAUCUCGAUGCUGAAGGAUCGCAUGCUGAGCAACAACAUGGCCAGUGUGGAGGAACUGAAGGUCAGACUGCACAAGCUUCCUUGAUAAAAUACAAGAGAC